CUGGCGAGGGCGGCAGGCCCAUCGAGAGAGGGCGGGUUGGGGUCAGCUGCUGCAGGCGGGCGCGCGCGGGAGCUGUGGGCGGCCGCCGCGUAUUUUGCUGCCGCCCUACCUCCGCCACGAUGCCGGGGAUCGACAAGCUGCCCAUCGAGGAGACGCUGGAGGACAGCCCGCAGACAAGGUCUUUACUGGGUGUAUUUGAAGAAGAUGCUACAGCUAUUUCCAACUAUAUGAACCAGUUGUAUCAAGCUAUGCAUCGGAUUUAUGAUGCACAGAAUGAAUUAAGUGCAGCAACACACCUGACUUCAAAACUUUUAAAAGAAUAUGAAAAACAGCGUUUUCCACUGGGGGGUGAUGAUGAAGUUAUGACUUCUACUUUGCAACAGUUUUCAAAAGUUAUAGAUGAGCUUAGCUCUUGUCAUGCGGUACUUUCAACGCAACUUGCUGAUGCCAUGAUGUUUCCCAUUACCCAGUUUAAAGAAAGAGAUCUGAAAGAAAUAUUGACAUUAAAGGAAGUGUUUCAGAUUGCUAGUAAUGAUCAUGAUGCUGCAAUUAACAGAUACAGCAGAUUGUCAAAAAAAAGAGAAAAUGACAAGGUGAAGUAUGAAGUAACAGAAGAUGUCUACACUUCCAGAAAAAAACAACACCAGACCAUGAUGCAUUAUUUUUGUGCAUUAAAUACUCUUCAAUACAAAAAGAAAAUAGCAUUGUUAGAACCUCUACUUGGGUACAUGCAAGCUCAGAUAAGUUUCUUUAAGAUGGGUUCUGAAAAUCUCAAUGACCAACUGGAAGAAUUCUUAACUAAUAUUGGAACAAGUGUACAGAAUGUUCGCAGGGAAAUGGACAGUGAUGUAGAGACCAUGCAGCAGACAAUAGAGGAUUUGGAAGUAGCCAGUGACCCCUUGUAUGUGCCUGACCCAGAUCCCACAAAAUUUCCUGUUAAUCGAAACUUAACCCGAAAGGCUGGAUACCUUAAUGCUAGGAAUAAAACAGGCUUGGUGUCAUCUACCUGGGACAGACAGUUUUACUUCACACAGGGUGGAAACCUAAUGAGUCAGGCCCGUGGGGACGUAGCAGGAGGCCUGGCCAUGGACAUAGACAACUGUUCAGUAAUGGCUGUGGACUGUGAAGACAGGCGAUACUGUUUUCAGAUCACUUCUUUUGAUGGCAAAAAGUCUUCAAUUUUGCAAGCAGAGAGUAAAAAAGACCAUGAAGAGUGGAUCUGUACAAUAAAUAACAUAUCUAAACAGAUAUAUUUAACUGAAAACCCAGAGGAAAUUGCUGCACGAGUAAAUCAGUCAGCUUUGGAAGCUGUCACUCCUUCCCCGUCUUUCCAGCAGAGGCACGAGAGCCUGCGGCCAGCAGGACAAUCUCGGCCACUGACACCUCGAACCAGCAGUUCAGGAUCCAUAGCAUCUGAGUCCACAAAUUUGGCUGCCCUCUCUCUAGAUUCUCUCGUUGCCCCAGACACCCCAAUACAGUUUGACAUCAUUUCUCCUGUGUGUGAAGAUCAGCCUGGCCAGGCAAAAGCCUCUGGCCAGGGAGGCAGGCGUACAAAUCCAUUUGGAGAAUCUGGAGGAGGUACCAAAUCUGAAACUGAAGAUUCUAUUCUUCAUCAGUUGUUUAUUGUCCGAUUCCUUGGUUCUAUGGAGGUGAAGUCAGAUGACAAUCCAGAUGUUGUUUAUGAAACAAUGCGCCAAAUCUUAGCUGCCCGGGCCAUCCAUAACAUCUUUCGUAUGACAGAAUCACAUUUAUUAGUCUCUUGUGAUUGUUUAAAGUUAAUUGAUCCACAGACACAAGUUACAAGGCUCAUGUUUCCAUUACCCAGUGUAGUUUUGUAUGCUACACACCAGGAAAAUAAGAGGCUUUUUGGAUUUGUUCUUCGGACAUCAGGAGGGAGAAGUGAAAGUAAUCUGUCAUCAGUCUGCUAUAUAUUUGAAUCAAACAAUGAGGGUGAAAAGAUUUGUGAUUCUGUUGGACUGGCAAAACAGAUAGCUUUGCAUGCAGAACUGUUGUAUUCAUCUGGUCUUCAGGAUCGCAGGGCAUCAGAAAAACAAAAAGAAAUAGAGAGAGUAAAAGAGAAGCAACAGAAAGAACUCAGUAAACAAAAACAAAUUGAAAAGGACUUAGAAGAACAAAGUCGGUUGAUAGCUGCUUCCAGUAGACCAAACCAAGCCAGUAGUGAGGGGCAGUUUGUUGUCCUUAGCAGUAGCCAGUCAGAAGAGAGUGAUUUGGGAGAAGAAGGAAAGAAGAGAGAGUCAGAAGCAUAAACUUAUCCUUACUUUUUGGUUGAUAUUCACCCCCCACCCCUUUGAAUUUGUUGACAGUUUCUGUGGUGAAAUGGCACAAGGUAACAACAAUGCUGAACUAUCAAGGAGACUAAAAUUUAUAUUUGCUUGUUUAUUUUAACUUCAUUUUUUAAACUACAACUGACCUUGAUAACUUAGGUUUGCAUUGAUUUUUUUUUUCCCUUAGAAAUAAUAUACUAUGUAGUAACUUCAAAUUCCACAUGUCUAAAAGAAACCUGUUCAUAUCCCUGAAGUAGAUUGCUGAGGAAUUACAGUUGCUCAAGCCUGUUCUCCCUUUAAAUUGUGAACUUAUUACCUUGCAUUGUAAUUGGCUCUGACCAUAAGAAAUCAUUUAUUCUUCAGCUUCAGAUAUUCAUGGAUAUGCUCCCUCUCUUUCAUUAGGAACAAUUGCCGGCAGUGAGGAAGCUUUUGACUGAAUAGGUUUAAAAUCCUUAUGCAGAUAAUUCUACAAGUUUGCAAAUAUUUUAACAAUGUUAAAUGUGCAAUAGAACUUUUACAAAAUAAUUAGAAUAGAGAUUUUAGACUUAAGGUUUCAAGUUGUGGCAGGUGGUACUGUUGAUUUCAGGGCAUUUUCUUGGAUUGCUCGCAUUUCUCUGAUGUACUACACCUGAUGCCAGUGGGAAAGAAGCUUAAGUGUCUUCAGUUCAAGAUUGCUACAGCCCUUGGCAUUUUAUUAUCACAUUCUUAGUUCUCAGGUUGGGACUUGAAUUAUUGCUGCAGAGCAGUAAUGGUUAAAAUAAGAUUUUGGAAUUUAUUAAAAGGGAUUUUUUUGUUGUUCAAAUACAUUUUAGAUUAGGAUUUAACAUGUAAAGAUAUUGUUACAGGAUACAUUGUAUUUUCUGCAUUGUGUGAAAUAAUUUUUAUUGAAAAUCAAGUGACAUUUAGAAAGAAGUU